AUGAAAGUGUUCUUACACAUUGUGUCAGGGCAAAGGCCCACCCAAUUACAUAGGUUCCCUCAGGGGGCCUUCCAGGGGCUGCAGCAUCCCCAUGGGCCCGCCCAGGGGCCACGGCACCCCCCACGUGAUCUCCUAGGUGCAACAACAUCCCAGUUCCCCCCUCCCCCCCUGCGGGUUCUCCCAGAAGCAGUGGCAGCCUCCAGGAACCCUGCCAGGUACCCGUCCACGGUCGGUGGCGGCCCCUUGGGACCCUGCCUGGGGCAGCGACGCCCCAAGGGAAACUUCCCAAAGACGGUCGCGACCUCAGGGUCCCUCACAGGGGCAGCAACCCCUAGGGAACCUCCGAGGGUCACUACCAUGGCCGGUGGCACCUCCAGGGCCCUCCCAGCGACAGCGGCGCCUUCUCGGGACUUGCCACUGUUGCGUAGCGGCACCCCCAGGUGCCCUCCGAGGGACAUCGGCGCACUCAGGGGCCCUAGCAGGGUCGGUGGCGUCCCCAGGGGCCAUCCUAGUGACAGCGCGCCUCCAGGGGCCUUGUUAGGGGUGGUGAAACCCCCUGGGGCCCUUCCAGAUGCAGCAGCGCCCGCAGGGACCCUGCUAGGUGCCGCGGCGCCCACAGGGGCCCUGUCAGGGGUGGCGGGGCUCCCAGGGCCAUCCCAGGGACAGUGGCGCCCCAGGGAACCUUCCAGAGACGGUCGCGCUCCCAGGGACUCUCCCAGGGGCCCUGCCAGGGUCGGUGGCGUCUCCAGGGGCCCUCACAGGGACAGCGGCGCCUUUAGGGGGCCUCUCCAUGGUCGGUGGCGCCUCCAGGGGCCCUCCCAGGGACAGCGGUGCCCUAAAGGGCCCCUACGAGGGACAGAUAAUGUGCUAUUGAUGCCAACCUUUGAGCUUGUAUCAGAGGAAUUGUCAAAGUAUUCGUUAAAGGUUGUUAGAUCUUCACACCAAUUAUGA